GCCUCUCAUUCCUUCUUCUUACUCGAGUUUUCACCUCGAAAACUCAUAAUAAUGGAUCCCAUCAAAUCCUCGUUGAAUUUGCCGUUCGGGUACAAGUUCGAUCCGACAAGCGUGGAGUUAUUACAACAUUAUCUGAUUCCGAAAUUGAGAGGCGAAAAGCUCCCGUCCGAUUACGUUAUGGAUCUCGACCAUCUCUACACCUACGAGCCCUGUCAACUCCCCUUCAAUCAAUUCAAGCAUGCAAAAAACGAUGAGGCAUUCUUCUUCACAACGGAUAUAAGGAAAAGUUCCGAGGAAGAGAGUCAAAUUCGGACAACAUCCAACGGCUAUUGGAAAGUGUACAAAGACCACGUGGCCGUCGAUAUAGCCGGAGAAGUCAUCGGAUUUAAGACCAAACUUUUCUUUUAUGGUGUCAAUAGAAAUAGAACUUAUUGGAAAAUGAUCGAGUACAGGUGUCAUCCUACUCGGAUACCUAUAGACAUUGUAGAGAGGUAUAUAAUUUGCAAAAUCAAGCUGAAGAAGGUGGAGGAAGAGGAAGGUUGAGCACUUGAGCUGAUGGCAUACUAAGACGAAAACUAUAUAGCACUAACGUUUUUAUAUUUUAUUUUUU